UGCUAUUAAUUAUACCGUUCCAUUUCUCUUGAAAAGUUUAUUUGGCUGUCGUGUUCAUUUUUUAAGCUAUCAUCUCCAACAUAUGAGCAAAAUUUCUGAUAAAUUUGGUAUUUUAGGGCGCCCAUUGUCCAGCCACGGCGCUGUUGCAUUUUCCGUCUGUCAAACAAAUAUUUGAACAAAAUGAUAGUAUGAACAAAAUAAUACAACUUCCGUGUAAAUUUCUAGAUGAUAAAAUCCAGCACGUUGAGAAUAUGGUCUGUUGAGUACGUUGCACAUUGCUGAGGCUAGUACAAUUUUCAGGAAAGUGAAAACAAUCUCGAGUCAACAAAAGCUUUCCAAAAUGUUUCCUUGUGUGUAUUCCCAUUUGGUUACCCUUGAGUGUUGCGCUUUUUGCAAUUUUAUACAAAGCUUUUUAACGCUUUAAGAUCAAAUUAUUUCUGAUUCCGUGAACGGUGCAAUUAAUUGGCUCUGAAAUAAAUACAGUAGUGGGCCUAGUUUGAAGAAAGUGUUUUUCCCGUCGGGGUUCGUGUACCCCACUGAAUCCAAUGGUGUACCACUGAAAGAACUGUCCACCAUCCUUGUGGGCUUAGACGUUCUCUUGGAAAUAGUUUAAUCUAAAUGACAAAAAAUGAAUCAGAUGGAACAAUUAUGACCGUUUAUAGAUGAUACUCCGUGUAACAAAUUUCCAGAAUUUUAAAAUAAAAUUCCAGCCAGUUAUUUGGCACUUUCGAGGCACUCUCUGCACCAUAAGUUUUUGGCUUGAGUACCACAAAUUGAGCACGGAUACCCAGGUCGAGGCUUACCACAGGGCUUCAAAGCAAAUCGCAGCAGUGAAUCGAGAAUAGGGGAUGCUGUCACAUUAGGGGUUAGCAUAAAGAUGAUUAUGAAAGUUGGGGGUUAUGGGGCAAUCGUGUAGCAAUGAAGAGUCAUGCAAUGCUCUAGAAAAUGGCUUGGGCAUCAAGAAGCCAUUUUCUGUUCUGGAUAGCAUUCAAAGUGAAAGUGCACUUCCAAGAAUUGUCUGCUUGAUCCACCAGGAAUGGCUGGCAACCCAGAUAAGAGCAAAUGUUGUUUGUUCCCAAGAUCAGAAACCUGAUGAUAGUCUUUUGCCUGAAGAACAGACAACUUUGCUUCAACCGUCAUCCCAGUUUGCAUUGAAUGGUUGGCAGAGAGUAGUUAUAACUGUGAUAAAAAAGCCACUUAAAAAGAUCAAGAUCCAGAAGUGCAAGCAGCAAAAUGUUGAGCAGUUCACACUGUAUGAUUUUCUGCAUUCACUUUCCAAUGACAAUGAUGCAAGUUUGAGAGAGUAUAUGUGCAGGCGAUUUUCAGCUGACAGCACGAAUGAAUCAAGUCAUCAGGAUUACUUAGAUGAGGAGAAACUUUCCACCCUAAUUCAAGAGACCUUUGGAAUACAAUUGAAAUUCAUUUCAAAGGACCAUCAUGCUCAUUUUGGCCCUGAUGUCAGGAAAGAUGAUAUCGAAUCUCCAAGCAAAGCAAAGAAGCCAAUAAUCAAGCAAUUGCAUCAUAUUGUCCCCCUUUUAUUGGCUUGCAAGAAUUCCAGCCAUAUUUUUUUGAUAGAAUCAACUCCAAGCUACACACUCCAUGAUGUCCUUGCAUUCAGUCCUGCUAUUGCUUCAAAUUCCUCUGCAAAAUACUUGUUUCUCCUAUAUCAAAUCCUUAAGAUCAAUGCAAUAUUUCAAGAAAUAGGCUUCAGUAUCUCUCCAUCAUUAUCCUUUAAUGAUAUUUAUGUGACAAGUUCGUUGUGGCUGUCAAUAUCAGCAUUUCAAAUAGAUCACACUGAUAUCAUCCAAGAAGAAGAGCCUGGUCCAAUUCCAGUUGUAGCUCACUGGCCAAUUGAAGCGCCAAGUAUCAUUUCUCAGCCCUUUCCAUUCUUUGAGGAUUUACAUGAGUAUACUACAAGAUGGGUCAAUUGUAAGCUGACGACUUUCGAUUACCUAUUAAUUCUCAAUACAUUAGCUGGCCGUAGAAUGAAGGAUCCAGCACACCAUCCAAUUUUUCCUUGGGUGAUGGAUUUCACUAAGCCUGAUGGUGGUUUCCGUGACCUAAUGAGAUCAAAAUUCAGAUUAUGCAAAAGCGAUACCCAGUUGGACAUAACAUACAACCAGCCUGCUCUGGAAGAUGCAAGAAAAGGCAUACAAAGGCAUGUGGCCCAUCAUAUAUCUGAUGAUCCUUUGACUGCCAUUAGCUAUUAUGUAUAUUCUGCUAGGCGAGUUUCGAAGGAUACCCUCUGUAAAACUGUUAGAUCGCGAUGGAUACCAGAGGAAUACCCUUCAAGUAUUGAAAGACUCUACUCAUGGACACCUGAGGAAUGCAUUCCAGAGUUUUACAGUGACCCAUUGAUAUUUAAAUCAGUUCACUCUGACCUACCAGACUUAGGCCUCCCUGCCUGGGCGCCUACUGCAGAGGAGUUUAUUAAGCAUCAUAGAGAUGUUUUAGAAGGCCAUCAAGUUUCAAGAUACCUUCAUUUUUGGAUUGAUCUCAUAUUUGGAUACAAGCUAUCUGGGUUGGCUUCUGUUGAUGCUAAGAAUGUCUACUUAUCCUUGGUCGAUGAUCACAAUCACCUCACUAAUUGUGGUGUGCUGCAGUUAUUCUCUCGACCGCACCCCGCACGUAAGCUACCCAAUUUAGUAGAUGAACAUGUUAUCGAACCGGGUGAUACUUAUUCAGAGGCGUUUGACAGCAGUGAUGCUAAUGUUUUUGCAGAUUAUGAAGCCAGCGAGACGACCGAUAGCGAUAUGUUAAGGUGCGUCAAUGGGAAAUCGAUAGAGGCAGAUGUUAGGUCUUCGAAACCCACUGCCAUUCGCCGAGAUAUCUGGUCAAUAGAUUCUGCUAUCGAUGAGGCAUCACAAAUAGAGGAACAAAAAAAGCCUGAAGAAAAUGACACUGAUAGUCGCAUGAAGCCACCUUUAAUGUUACUGCCGGGCUUGAAACUGAAAAUCGACACGCUGUUUGAAGGAGGUGGAAAUGAGUCCAAAACUACACCAUCUUAUGAUUUUAGAAUAACCAUUGACACUUGCUCUGAUUUCAUUGGUCAGCUAGAAGCAGUCGAGAAAGAAUUGAAAUUCCAGUGUCAUGUUUCUCCAGUAGGCGUCGACGGUAUAGGCGAUUACAAGUUUGGUUCUGUUUUUGAGAACAGACGCAAGGAGAAGAAUCAUGGAUUGUCAGAGUAUGAAAUCUCCAAAACAACUGAAAAUAAAGAUAUUCUGGUUCUUGCAAAUUUAUUGAUUGAGUUGGCGUUACAUGAUUAUGUUCGAUUGAGAAGAAAGCCGCUAAACUUUGAAGAAAGACUACAGGAAAACGUGCGGCUGAUGAAAACCAAUCUGCACAAAUUUCCAAGCUUGCUCACCUCAAUCCUUGAAAGUUGGUUAGGAUCACCAGAGAAGCCACUGGUCGAAUCUGAAGGAGUUAUUGCUGGAUUCUUCAAAAAGCCGACUUUGCUCCUGAACCAGUUCAUAAACCCCUUCCCAUGUCCAAAGUAUUUUCCUGCAUUACAUAAUCUACUUUCGAUUCUAUACCCAAGUGAUAUCCUUGUCGACGAAGCAGUUUCGAUAGAAUGCAAAAACUCGAUAAUUUUACCUAUUGUUAGGCAUCUUCCAGCCGCAAGAAAUAUCAUUAGAGCAGCACAUUUUGUUCCAUUGUUGAUAGAGGAGAUUGAUGCAGAAGGAAUUGACCUGCUUCUUACUCUUGUGUUGCCGUUGUUCUCUAACCAAGAUACGAAGUUGGCUGCCUUUUUACACAUUUUUCCUCCUCUCGGCAAUGUGAUGGGGUCUCGAAGAUCAAUGAAGUCAUUUUACGAAGGGCUGCAGCGACUAUUCGAUAGCAGUGCUGAUACCAAAGGUAUUGAUGGAAGAUUGCUUGACCAGAGUUUCAUAUCUAAAGUAAUAACCAUUUUUGGAUUAAGUUGUUUUCUUGACUGUUUUAUGCCAUUUGUGGUCGACGGGCUUGUAGAAGCGACAAGCACGGAGGAAUCUAAGGAGAAAAAUGAGAUGGAAAGCAUGGAAGUUGAAAAUCCGAGUUAUGAUUCUGAGAAGACAGAGAGAGAAGUAGAAGAAAAUGCGACAAACUUUCUGGAAAAAGAGACCGAAAACAGGGAUAAAGCAGAAUCAGACGAGUUUGUAGGUCGCAAAGCAUCUGUGUUAGAGGACGACAAUAAUGUUAAUGUUUUCGAGCCUAAACUCUUGCCGGGAAAGAGAAAAGUGAGACCAGGAGUGUUUUCAAGGCUGGAAUCAGUGUCGGAGAAUGCCGUUGUUGAAAAGGAACGUGGAGCUGGAUCUAGCAAAGGAAGUUCUUUGAAACCCAACAUAUUUGCAAAGGCUGACAACCAGCCGCCUCCAUCAAAUCUUGACAAUGCGAAAGACAGUUUAUCAAAGAGUAUGAGUAGUGAUGUAUUUUUUAGCAUUGUUGAAAAGUCUGAGGUGAUUUACAAUGAGAAUGGGAAUAGUUCACCACAAAACGCAUUCUUUGAAUGUUCAUCGGAAUCAAACUCUGGUAUGGAUGAGAUAGAUUACUUAAGUGAUGUCGAAGAGUCAUCUAUCUCAGAACGUUGUAAACAGAAUGACAAUGAAAGCUCGAUUGAAAAUAAAUUUCCAGAUAUAUUCUCAGAUUCUCGUGAAAAAAAGCCUAGCUCAAUGACUACAAGCAAAGAAACCGGUGAUACAGUUGGUGGCAAAGACGCGGAAUCCCAUAAUAAAGACUCAGAAAGCAGUUACGACGUUGUUUCUAGUGACACUGUACAACAGCGUAGUGAACGGCGCUCAACGUUGUCCGAAGCCGUUCGUAACAUGGAGACUGCGACUAAAACACAUCAGGCAACCAUACCUGUAAAAGAUACCAAACAAUAUGAAGUUCAUGAUCAAGGAAAUACUGAUGAAGAAUUGGUCACUGGUAUUGAGGAUUUCAGCAUUGACAGUAUGUAUUCUGAGGAUGAAGGGAAGUCUUUUCUCAUUCGGCGUUCCAGUUUGAAAAUGAAUGAUCGCUCAGACUCUUCACCAUUUAUGGUUUUACCUUCAGACGUAGAUGUAGAAGAAGACUGCAAGAUCAACAAACCGUCAGAACAGCCAAAAAGUGAAAGCUUUGAAGAAUAUACAGAAAUACCAACUCAAAGCAUUCCAGAAACUGAUGCGCUAGAAGACAUAUCAAAAAUUGCUGCUGCUGAUAAUGCUGGAACACCCCAAAUUUCUGUCAGAGCUGAGGAGCUUGCUCUGGCGUCAUUGAAGUGGAUUUGCCCAUGGCUAGGGCCAGUGCUCACUUCAAAGUAUGUAGUAAGCCCUAUUCUCAAGAAAAUGCCGAAAGUGUGGGUGAGCAUGAAAAAGCUGGAGUAUACCACUGAUGACCUUCUGGUAGCUGUAAAAAGUAAAGGAAAGUUUUUAGUCGAUUGUCUUGUAGAUGUUGCAAGAAUUUAUGGCAGUGCGAUAGUUUUGCAACAAUAUUUGCCCUACUGCAGUCGAGCAGUCAAUAUUGCGAUGAAGGCAAGCAUUGUAUCAGCCUACAACGAAGGCCAAUUAUUCUCAGCACUGGAGAUCCUUGCAAAAACUUUGGUAACGCUGAAACCAGAAACGCUCACAGAUAAAAUGGAGGCGUUGUCACAGGAAAUAUUUGAGCCACUGCUUCGAUUGCUUUCUUCCUUCAAACAGUUCAGCAGUGGAUUCCAAUCCAGAUCGUUACUACUGCAUUCCCUUGUUGGUUUGAUGGCUGCACUCAGCCAGACGCUCGGCCAACUCGACGCCCGCGAGGUCAUGACGCCGCUUUUACAGCGGUUCUUCUCUUGUUUUGAUUGCGUCUAUCGUCUGGAUGAGAAAUCUGGUACCAAUGUUGUGGUAGUCCGAAAGUACAGUUUCUUAGAUGACGAUUAUCAAGAGGUUUCUAGUGAUAUUGAGAAGGAUAUAGCAACUGGAGUUUCAAAUUCUUGUAAGGACAGCAUGACUAGUGCGAAGACCAGCAGCCAAUCUGGAGGAAAGGAAUCGUGUGAUCCAAAACGAGAUGGGGACCAAGCUACGGAAGAUUCCUCCAAGUUGAUGCAAAAGACCGGAGAUGAAACGACUUCACAGAAAACGAAAGAUAUUUGGAUGGAAGGAAAUGAUGAUCAGCACCUCUAUAAAGAUCUUUACAGCUCUUUCACCACUGCAUUGGCGCAUUACUCCUACGUACUUUUCUGCAGAGUUUUAGGUGAUAACUUUGUUUCCCGUAUCCUGUACAACGAGAAACUCAUCUGGCAGCUAUGCUCAAAUUUCGACGAGAACCUGACACUAACCAGCAACUCUGAAACGGUUCUAGGUGACUCCUUUGAUUCCCAGGGCUCAAAAACUGUGGGAAAUGCUGGAAAGCGGAAAGAACCAGAAAAAGGCGCAUACAUGAAUCAUGCAGGACCAGGCAAAGAAGACCAUAACAAAAGGUUUGCUAGAAAAAGAACCGUUUCAGAACAGGAAGAAGAGGAGCCUGUAUACAGAUCAUCUUGGCAGCAUAUGGAUGGUGAAUGGCUUAGUGAAUGGAAAGAAAGAUUGGAUGCGAAAUAUGAUGAUCGUCAUCUUCACUUCAAAGGAAAAAGACUUCAAACUUAUGCUGGACAUUCCUCAGCUGUCCGUGACAUCUACAUACCGGACAACGAGCAUUAUUUUUUGUCAGCAAGCCGUGAUAAAAGUGUCAAAUUCUGGUUGCUAAAAAACCACGGCAACGGUACAGGCCAGCUUGCAUGUAUGAAAACGUACGAUAAGCAUACAAAGGGUGUAUUCGCAGUCCAGUCGAUUGAGUCGAAAAGGUUCACUGUGUCGUGCGAUGGCACUGUUCACGUCUGGGACCCAAUCAGAAGUGCCACCCUCAGUACUGUUGACCUUGGUAAAAACAGCUCAAUAACUAGCAUCAGAACCCUGCCUGUUCCAAACGUAACUGUUGCUAUGGCUACAAACGAAGGAACUAUAAGGCUGUACGAUGUACGAGAGAAGUCGGUGUCUUCUGAAUGGAAAUUGGUGUCUAGCAGUGCGGCAGGUAGUGUCAAAUGCCUUUGUGUCAAUGAAACUGGAACGUGGAUUGCUGCUGGCUUUUCGAGUGGAUUUAUAUCUGUGUUGGACUUAAGAACAGGGAUUUUAAGAAGCCAAUGGAAGGCGCAUGAAUCUGAGAUACUACAGAUUGAGCCUUAUACUGACCACAAUUUCUUGUCCUCUUCUAAUGACUUGCUCAUGAAGAUGUGGAAUGAGGAUGGCUCUCUUGCACUUCGAUUUAGACGUCCUCCAGAACCGGCUAAUUGUGUAACAUUUUGUAAAAGCCAGUGUGUCUGGUCAACAACAAGUGGAAACCGGAUUGGCAUUACGCAUCAAAUUGAAAAUGGUGCAAGCUACGAGAGUAUCAAGCUUCCUCCAGAGGUGUUCAGAGGAGCAAUAAGCAAGCUGAAAGUCCUGCCGGUGAAUCAGUUGUACUUGGUAGGCAGUGAAAAUGGUAACGUCGUCAUGUUUGCAUGAUCUCCAAUCUCUUUAUUCUAAUAUAUUGGUCCUUGGACUAUAUGUCGACUAUAUGUGACAUUUUGGUAUUGUAGUUUAGGAUGCCCUUAUAAUCACAAUACAAUAAAAAGCAACAACAUAUGCUUGAUAAUUUUUUUGGAAAAAUUUCCAGGGAAUAACUUUGAACCUCAAUAAAAUACUCUGAAUAAGUAAGAUACAUUGGAAUCGAAUAUCAAGACACAGAUUAGGAUUCAUGAUAUAUAUGACACACGUCAUGUUGCAUUGUUUCGAAAGUUAUCUUUUGAUGGGUCAAGUUACUUUGCAAAUUUACACUUGAAAUGUAAGAAGGUGUAUCUUGUGCCUACUGAACAAAACCAUUUUCAUGUUAUUCUUUGCGAUUAACCGAUAUUGUCUUCUCUGCUAGGAUACUUUGUUUUGUUGAUUUUAUAAUGCAUAAAUCUUUUAACACGUCAUUGAAAAUAGUAAUCAACGUCUUUUGUAUAUAGCAUGAAAUUAGUUAUAAUUUAUAAAUUAUUUUAUGAAUGAUAGUGUUGAUUUGUAUAAAUUGUUGAGUUUAACUAAAAAAGUUGUUAGAGAAGUGAAAAUUCAAACGACGACACCUGUAAAAAAGCUAUGAACAACUCCAAAAGCGCAGCUUCAAUACACUCUGCAUAGUCGGAUAGAAUUUACUGAUAUGCUGAAGACAGUGCUACAUUUUUCGGUAAAGUUUUACCUGAGCAAAUACCCCUAAAGUUACAAUUGCACUUUUGGAGGGGCUGUUUUUCUAAGAUUCUGGGCAAUUAUGACGAAGAGAUUGGAUGGCUGUUUGGCUUUGUUUUUUCGUGCCCACAGGAACAUUGUUAUAUCAAUAUUAUUCAUGCCAAAAAACUAGUACUUUUGCCACCCAAACCUCGGAAGAUUUAGUAUGAAUGUAGCAUUAAAUUGUUGUUGAUGAAUAGUGCUUCAAAUAUUUGAGUUAAUAAAAUGAUUGCAGAUUCAUUAGAAAAUUUCUAUUACGAAUCCCCGUAGCAUAUUGGUUUCAAUGUAUAUAAGAGGAUUUAUUACCAAAAUUUUUUGAAAAA